UAAACACAUGGUACACAAAAUGAGAAUGUCAUUUCUGUUCUCAGAGUUAAAGUUGCACUGUAUUGAUUUGUCUAUAACUUGGCAUGAAAUUGAGAGAUAGAAGUGCAAUCAUGUCUAGAAAAGAAGAGAGCAGUCAGAAGUCAAUGAAGACGACAAAACCGGAUCAAAACCAGUGGGUGAUUAUUGCACCAGACGGUGUGGUCAAAAGGAGUAAUGAUGAACAAGACAUAGCAUUUGUAAAGUUGAAACAUCCUAAAACAGAAAAAGCAGCCAUGUUUAUGUUCAGCAGCGAUGGUGCCACAGUUCACGAGCUCACAUCAUUCAAAGAAAAGUAUAGAUCUUGGAUUAUCAACGAAACCGUCCAAGAAGAUGGGGCAAUGAUAAUGGCUACAGCCAUAGAUCCACUCGUCCUUAUUUUACCGUACCUCAUCAAAGCAGAGAGUAGCGGCAUGUUCAUCACUCUCGACCAGAUCCUGGACGAUGUAGAUUACCCACAAUGCCACAGGUUACACAAAUGCUCGGGAGUGUCUCAGAUGCAUUAUAUAGCAAAUGUCAAAGGUUCUUCUGAUUUACAGGCGUACAAGUACAAUCAAGAGAUGACGUUAGACUGGCUUAGAACCAAAGUGGAAAGAUUAGUAGGAAAACUGGAAGAGAAAGACAUCCAUGUGACGACGGGUUCACACUCUGCAACGUACGUCAGGAGUAGCAAGGGAAAUAAUGCCACAAAAGAGGAAUAUUUGAGAUACGCCACAGGAAUGAUUUCCGAUUAUCUGUCAGCCGACUUGAGCAAGAGGCUUUUCAGUCAUUUAGGAAUAAAAGAAGUUGCUGAUAAGAAAGUUGUGGAAUUAGCUGAGCCAUCAGAACCUCCUUCCAAGAAAGCAAAGUUGGCAACCAGUCGUGAGCCUGAGGAAGACUAUAGCAAGUCUUUUAACGGUAACUCAACUGUAGAGAAACAAAAGCCCACCAAGAUGACAGCAGCUCAGAAAGCCCUUAGUAAAGUAGACAAGACUGGAAUGAAAAGCUUAGCGAGCUUCUUCAGUAAACCAAAGAAAUCAAUUUUGAAAAAGGAGCAGAACAAGUGAAAAAAAAAACAUAACCAGGGUAUUUCAAAGAUGAAGAUCCAAGUCUACCAUUACACGAAGUGUAGGUUAGUAGGAUUUGAAACUUUGCAAAUAUGAUAAAGUAAGGUUUGCGGUAACACCAUUUAAAGCCAUUGGACAC